AUGCAAUCCCCAGGAAAAAUUAGGUAUACUCUGGCUCUUGUCCUAGCAUUCAGCUUGUGCAACCUGGUUCUUUCAGACAAGGUGCAUACGAGUGUCAUGAACAGAUUAGGCAAUGGGAGAAACAUGACAUUACACUGCCAAUCAAAAGAUAAUGAUCUUGGCCAGCAGAACAUAGCGGACGGAAGCGAAUUUGGGUGGGACUUUUCAGUCGAUAUAGGAGGAACCACAUUGUUUUACUGUGACAUGGCAUGGGAAAAUGUACAGCAGUAUCAUUUCGAUGCGUACUCGUUUGCAAGGGAUUUUAUUAGAUGCCAGAGUCGAUGCUUAUGGCUGAUAUCAACAGAAGGCGUUUACGGCAUGAAUGACCAAACUGGAUUUUGGGAAUUUAUAUACUAUUGGUCAAACUGA